AAAAAAAAAAAUUCCUGCACACCAGACACCACACCGUCGUCGUCUCCCCCUCCUCCGUCUCCCUUUCGUCCGCCUCCUUUCCCCUCCCCAUCCCCACACCGCCGCGGCCUUCGGCAGCUGCUGCGGCCAGAUAUUUCUCCACCUCGCCCCCGAAUUCCCUUCGCGCCGGUCCCCGAUUCCAGUCGCCCCACCUCCUGUCUCGCCCACCGCUCCCUGGCACCCCCGCUUCUCGCGCGGAGAUCGGAUUCUUCCCGCAAGCCUCGCCGAUUUCUGCCUCGAUCGGGAUUGGUGGUGGAUCCUCUCGCCCGCGAGGGGCGCGCGCGCGCGCGGAGGAUCGUCAGCCCCGUCGAAUCCUCCCUCGUCCUCGUCCUUGUCUUCUAAACCUGGCCAUGGGCGCGCCCGGUGCCGCGCUGCUGCUGCUUGGCUGCUACUACUAAGAGGCCACCGGCGGAGCCAUGAGGCGGGGGGCCGGCAAGGAUGAGGCGCCGGACAAGGUCAUGGGCCCUCUCUUCCCGCGCCUUCACGUCAACGACACCGUCAAGGGCGGGCCCCGCGCGCCGCCCAGGAACAAGAUGGCGCUCUACGAGCAGUUCAGCGUCCCCUCCCACCGCUUCAGCGCCGCCGCAGCUGCCCCCGCGGCGCCCGCGCCCGCGCCGCCGUGGCACGCGCACCGGCCCGCUCCCGGCGCGGCGACCUCCGCCGUCCCAUCAACGUCGGCCAGCCAGGCUGGCGGGAGUGAUAGACCUCUCUUCCCAUCAUAUUGUGUGCCUUCAACUGAACCUGUUCGUUCAUCAGAUCAUAUGAAUGCCAACUCCAAUGGUCGGGCUGGCAAUGCUACAAGAACAGAAUCUGGGAGGCUGUCCACACAUCUUAAAAGCAAGGAUACCAAUGCUGCAGGACUAACUGCGGAGUGUAGUUCAAAACAUAGAGAGAACACCACUAAGAAUUCUUCGGGGAAGAAAUUGACUAACGAUGAUGAUUUUACAGUUCCUUCCGUCUUAUAUUCUGGAAUACCUCCACAUUCCACUCAAGAAAAGUUCACCCCCUUCCCUACCAAAAGUCCAUAUAAGAGCAUGCCUGCAAUGUAUAAAUCUUCUGCAAAAUGUUCUAACACUGACAGGACACACUUGGAAGGAAUGAAAGUUUCUGAUGCAAUAUCAAUGGGGUCUCCAGGUAUUAAGGAGAAAGAGCCAACAAAAGUGAGGAUAGACUUGGAAAUCGAAGAGAGAACUUCAUCAUUUCAAACAUCAAAAGAGAAGUCGGGGAGACUAGACCCAAAGGUAUCUUCAUACAGGGAUAAGCUGAACAAAUAUAAUGUUGCUGAUAAGCAAAGUUCUGAAAUUGCGAGCUAUCAGACUAGGAACAGGAAGGAGAAUGCUGGUGAAACCCAGAACCCUCCAGAAGCUGAAAUGGCACCAUCAGCUAAGCCAUAUGCUGGUAUGGAACAGAAUGGUAAUUCUGAUCUAUUGGAGCUUGGCUUAAGAGAGACAGGUGAGAAGAGGAAAAGGUCACAUCAUGGUGUGGAGCACAACGAUGAUUUGUCUGAUUCCUCAGUGGAAUCUCUACCCGAAAUGGAGAUUUCGCCAGAUGAUGUUGUCAGUGCUAUUGGCCCAAAGCAUUUUUGGAAAGCCAGAAGAGCUAUUGUCAAUCAGCAGAGGGUUUUUGCUGUCCAAGUAUUCGAGCUACAUAGGUUGAUCAAAGUGCAGAAGCUGAUCGCGGCAUCUCCACAUCUACUUAUUGAGGGGGAUCCAUGCCUAGACAAAGCCUUGGCGGCGAGCAAGAAAAAGCUGGCUGGAGGAGAUGCCGAAAAGCAGCAUCAAUCUGCUAAAUACAAGGAUGAUGUUCAACAGACGCUGCAGCAGCUAGAGCACUCAAAAGAUAACACUGAAGCGGACCAGCCUUCACCAACUCAAGAUGAUGUAGUUGCAGUCCAACAUAACAAUCAAGCCGCAGCAACUGCUGCUGUUAACAGUAAUCCUCCCACAAUGCCUACUCCUUCUGACAACAAGCAGAACAGCUGGUGCAUUCCUCCACCUCCGAAUCAAUGGCUAGUUCCUGUCAUGUCUCCAUCUGAAGGACUUGUCUACAAACCUUAUGCCGGGCACUGCCCUCCAGCAGGAAGCUUUUUGGCCCCAUUUUAUCCCAGCUGUGCUCCUGUAAGCCUCCCUUCCACUGCUGGAGAUUUCAUGAGUUCACCUUAUGGUAUUCCUAUGCCUCAUCAGCCACAACACAUGGGUGUUCCUGGUCCUCCUCCACCCAUGCCACCGAUGUACUUCCCGCCCUUUAGCAUGCCAGUGAUGAACACAGCAGUGUCAGCCUCUGCAGUUGAGCAAGUGAGCCAUGUUGCAGCAUCACGGCCUAAUGGACACAUAGAGCAGCAUUCACGGAGCUCGUGUAACAUGUCUAACUUGAGGAGCGAAGCACUGUCAGCCGACAUUUGGAGAUUCCAUGCCUCAAAGGACAGUGAGCUGCAAGGAAGCAGCGCAAGCAGUACUUUUGAUAGGCAGCAAGGUGAAGGAAGGGGUCCUGCGCAACCCUUCCCUUCAUCUUCAGUUGGAAAUGGGCAACCUCAACCUUCAUCCGGGAGCAGGGAGAAUCCGGGCCGAGUCAUUAGGGUUGUUCCACACACUUCACGUACUGCUUCAGAAUCAGCAGCGCGAAUUUUCGAGUCAAUAAAGAUGGAGAGGCAGCAAAAUGAUUGAUGAUGACUCUGCAAUUGUAUGCUGUAUGUUUCUUGAUUGGUAGAGUUAUAUACAUGUUUAGCUAAGAGCCUAGACAAUUAGUGCUAGCUGCUGUAUUAUUUUUGACCGGUAAUAUUAUAUUAGAUACAUAUAAUUGCGAUAAAUUGGCUGACCUGAUGUCUUGUUCACUGUAAAUAUGCACUCGGGUGUCUCUCAGAAGGAAGGCCUUUGUUGUAUCUGUAGCCUGCAUUGGUCAUUAGUACAACAUAAUUCUGUAUACAGAAACUGGAAUUUUGUAUCAUUGAUAAAAUGAUCUCUUUUCCAAUC